AUGGAACACCCAGUGCGCGAGAUCCCCUCCGUCAUCGCGGCCCUCUCCACCGGCUCCCCCCAGCAGCAGCGCGACACCCUCGCCCAGUACUUCCUCCCGGACGUGUCCUUCACCCACCCCUUCUGCCACGUCCCGGCCUUCCACGCCGGCGCCAUCCCCUUUGCCCCGCGCCUCAACUCGCGGUGGCUGCUGCUCUGCAUCUACCGCUGGUACCGCACCCUCAGCCCCAGCAUCGACAUUGCCGUCGACUCGGCCGUGUUUGACCAGCGCUCCUCCCUCCUGUACGUCAACAUCCACCAGACCUUCCGCGUCUUCUUCGUGCCCCUGUACGCCGCGCGGGUGCGCCUCGUCACCGUGCUGCGCCUCCAGCAGCGCACCGCGUGGCCCGCCGCCGAGACCGUCUCCCGCGCCGGCCUGACCGAGGCGCGCGAGCCCGCUACUACGUCGCCGCGCAGGAGGACUACUACCAGCUGGGCGACUGCGCGCAGUUCCUGCUGCCCGGGCUGGGGGCCCGCCUCUGGCGCCUGUGGCAGCUGCUGA